AUGGGCUCCAAGAAGAGAGACUCCUUCGAGCUCCAUGACAAUGAAUCGGAGUUCUCAUCCGAAAACCGGUCCGGAGGCGUCGAGGCUGAAGUCUUUUCUCAGCCAGUCGGCUUCAUACCGAAAUUCCCUGCUCCCCCGCGUUAUAUCAAGGUCAAAGCCCAAUACAGGAAGCAGAAAGACUUCGACCGCUUGUUCCUCGCUCAGAUCGCCCUAGACCUACGACGGUCCAAGAGCCGGAAAGCAUCGAUCGACUCCAAGAUCCACAGCAUCACUGAUGUGCCCUCCGCCACUCCAAUCCCGCCACCAAGCUCGGCCAACAAUGCGAUAUGGGCCAUGGAAUUCUCAAAAGAUGGAAGGUAUCUGGCCGCUGCUGGGCAGGACAAGAAGCUGAGAGUCUGGGAGGUUCUGGCAACUACGGAAGACCGUGACGUUGAAGAGAGGUUGUUUGAAACUAACAAUGCGGGUGAGAGUGUAAAGCUCAACGCGCCUGUGUUCAAGACGAAGCUCUUCAGGGAGUAUGAUGGUCAUACCGCGAGUAUACUGGACCUCAGUUGGAGUAAGAACAACUUCCUCUUGUCUUCUUCCAUGGACAAGACCGUCAGACUACACCACGUUUCCCGUGCUGAAUGUCUCUGUGCGUUCAAACACGUCGAUUUUGUGACAUCGAUACAGUUUCAUCCGCGCGAUGAUCGGUUCUUCUUGGCCGGGUCGCUCGACUCCAAACUGAGGCUUUGGAGUAUACCGGACAAGACCGUCGCAUACUGGGCACAAGUUCCCGAUAUGGUAACCGCUGUUGCAUUUACACCAGAUGGCAAGACAGCGAUCGCUGGUUGCUUAGGUGGUCUGUGCAUCUUGUAUGACACCGAGGGUCUGAAAGCCCACUCACAAAUUCAUGUGCGAUCAGCCCGAGGGAGGAAUGCGAAGGGUAGCAAAAUCACAGGCAUCGAUACCAUCGCAUUGCCGCGCGAGAACGCCCAACCGGAUGUCAAAAUCCUGAUCACCAGUAACGACUCUCGUAUACGCAUGUAUAAUCUGAAGGAUAGGACCUUGGAGGUCAAGUUUCGCGGAAAUGAGAACUCCUGCAGCCAGAUACACGCUUCCUUCAGCGAUGAUGGAAAGUAUGUGAUUUGCGGCAGCGAGGAUCGAAAAGUGUACAUAUGGCCAACCUCAGUGCACGAGCGGCCUGAGAAUGACAAGCGGCCGAUGGAAGUAUUCGAGGCCCAUUCAGCUAUUGCGACAACGGCGAUACUUGCCCCUGAGAAGACAAGGCGACUAUUAGCACAAUCUGGUGACCCUUUGUACGACUUGUGCAAUCCACCGCCAGUGACCUUGGUCAGCCGCGCUGAUUCCGUUAUUUCUUCCCCAGCGCCAACAAACAAUAGCAACCACUCAGAGGACAAGCAAGCCGAUAUAAGAAUCCGCACUUCGGAAUCUCCCAAACGUGCUCCAGAAACACCUGCAUACCUAGCCAGGCAUGCGCAUCCAGGGGGGCAGCUUAUUGUAACUGCUGAUUACACGGGGCAGAUUAAAAUCUUUCGGCAGGAUUGCGCCUUUCAAAAGCGAAGGCAUGAAUCUUGGGAUGCCAGUUCCACCUUUUCCAAAAAGAUGUUGGCAAGAACCGGAUCUGUUGCCACAAGGAACUCUGCCACCUCUUCAUCGCAUCGGAACUCAUUUGUGAUGGGAUCGAAGAACCAGUCCACCGAUCGCAUUUUGAAUUGGCGGAAUUCUGUGCAAGGCACGGGGAGCACCGCCACAACGGCAUCUGGGAGUAUGUUAGAGAUCCGUGGAAGUCUGAACAAUGAACGGUCUCGGAGUGCUUCACCGAGGAAAUUGCUCUCCAAACGCUUAUCCAUACGCCGAAAUUCACCACCACACAGAGAUAGCUUGCUCUCUCCGACGUCGCCUGAAUAUCACUCGCCGCUUCAACAGGCCCAAAUUGGUCCUUCAAUCUCGAUCCAGUCACCACUUGGAGAAUCCCCGGGAAGUUUCCAUUCGGUAUCACAAACCAAAUCUCCUGAAAAUGCUCACCCGCCAACUGUAUCCCUGCCAUCACCAUUGCACCAGCCAACCUCCGCAGAUCUUCCUCACGACGACCCUCUUUUACUGCUGGGCAACCAUUCAUUGAUGGCAUGGGACUUCAAUAACACCAUCGUACCUAUGGUCAACCGGCCCCUCCGAACGCCGGGCCUUUUGGGCCCUGGGGCCAAUCCCCUCUCGCGAGCUGCCAGCUACGUCUCCCAAUUAUCGAGUGAAAUGACGGGCUCGGAACGAGAUCCUAAUUCGGCGAAUGCUAGCGUUCACGGUGGUGCCGGAGACGAUGAAGCAAAUGUAGCAGCAAAGAGACAGAAAUCAUCAACGAGAGGACGUCGGAGAAGCAGCGCCGGCAGCGACAGCGAUCUGAAAUGCCCAAACUGUGGCAGCCGGACGUUUAAAGCUGCCAUAGUGGACAAGCGGCAGGUCCUUCGUUGUAAGAGAUGCAGCUCUGAGGUAUGA